GUGAAACAAACUCAUUUGUAAGUUGACUUACUUAUGGAACAGAUACCAUAUUCCACCAGUCAACAACUACCCAUUGUUAAUUACAACUCCUUGUUAUUUUGGCUACCCUAUUUUAUUACUAAAACAUGAUCAAGAUUCAAGAAUAUACAACACGAGGGUUGACAAAAGUAACACAUUGAUUCCGUGGAAGACUGGAAGCCAUUAGAUACGAAGAAUAUGCAGUUGAGAUAAGUCAGCAACUCUGUCUCAUUCUCUUUUACACACUGUUGAGCCUGCACACAGAUGUACAUGUAUAUAUACUGUGUCUGCACACUUUCAUGAAACUCUGGUUCCUAAGUAUCUCAGUUGGGUUGAGAAUAAGUGGUGAUUUUUGCGUGAUGGGGUCGCUUAACUAAUUUUGAGUUCCCAUUGUUUUCUUGGCAGGUGUUUUUUCCUUCUCAUAUUGUACUACCAAAUAUUUACAGAUACAGCACAUGUUUUAAAUUAUUAAUUUUGGUUUUUGCAUAAAUUGGUAUAUCUAGAAUCAGUAUUUGUUGCUUUGUAGAGUACUUAAAAGAUACAUUCUUAUUUUACAAGAAUUUUCAUUGUUCACUCCUUUGUUCUUGUGGUGGAGAUAAAUAAUCAAUUUUUGAACCUUGGCAUUUGUCGAUAUCGCUCUACUUUUGGUAAGCGGCUUAAGUAAAUUAUCAAGAAACUCUAAGGCUAGGCAAGUGUUUUAACCUUGUGUAACUUGAUUGUUUAUUUAGUUUGGUACAGAAUUAUUAUAGUGAUAUUUGGCCAAACCAUCUAGAUUAUUAUACAUAUCUGUGCUUUAGAUCAACUAUAAUGUCGACAGUAAGUAUCCUGAAAAAUCUAGGUACGUGUAAUGUGGUAAUGGUGGAAAGGCGCUAAAAUGCUCAACUCAUCCAUGACCUUCUCUUCCUUUGUAGGAUUUCUUGGAAUAGUUGCUUGUUUAAUCUUCCAACAUAGAGGAGCUUGUCUACAGGGUUGAAUAUGUAUCUGGUGGAGAAAAAAGAAGGUGCCAUAGCAUGUAUGCUGCUUGCACUUUUUUUCUUGGGUACUUGGCCUGCUCUUUUGACUCUCUUAGAAAGACGAGGCCGUCUGCCUCAGCAUACUUACCUUGAUUAUACUAUUACUAAUCUGUUGGCGGCUGUAAUCAUUGCUUUUACGUUUGGGGAGAUUGGCAAAGGUACCGAUGAAAAGCCAAAUUUCUUGAUUCAGCUUUCUCAGGAUAACUGGCCGAGUGUUUUAUUUGCAAUGGCUGGAGGUGUGGUCCUUAGUCUUGGAAACCUCUCUACACAGUAUGCAUGGGCAUUUGUUGGGUUAUCAGUAACUGAAGUCAUCACUUCAAGUAUAACAGUAGUAAUUGGAACAACUAUGAACUACUUUUUAGAUGACAAAAUCAACAAGGCUGAGAUUCUUUUCCCUGGAGUUGGCUGUUUCUUGGUUGCUGUUUGUCUUGGCUCAUGUGUUCAUGCAUCUAACGCAUCAGAUGAUAAAGCAAAACUAAGACAUUUUGCAAAUUCUAAAAGUGACGCAUCUCGCCUUCCUGUGUCCCAUGAAACAUACGAAGAUUCAGUUGGAAAAAACUUGCAGGGUGAAAUUACCACUUCAGAUAAAACUAAAGUUGGGAGUGCCAGCUUUCUUAUUGAACUCGAGAACAGAAGGUCGAUCAAGGUGUUUGGGAAGAGCACCAUCAUUGGUUUGGGCAUAACUUUCUUUGCUGGAGUAUGCUUCUCUCUAUUUUCACCAGCAUUUAACCUGGCAACAAAUGAUCAAUGGGACACCUUGAAAGAUGGUGUCCCUCACUUAAGUGUCUACACUGCAUUUUUCUGGUUCUCAGUCUCCUGUUUCGUGGUUGCCAUAAUUCUCAAUAUCAGUUUCCUCUAUCGCCCGGUUUUAAAUUUACCCAGAUCAUCUUUUAAGGCCUACUUGACAGAUUGGGAUGGAAGAGGUUGGGCCCUUUUGGCAGGUUUCUUGUGUGGUUUUGGUAAUGGUCUGCAAUUCAUGGGUGGUCAAGCUGCCGGUUACGCAGCAGCUGAUGCUGUCCAGGCACUCCCACUAGUGAGCACCUUUUGGGGAGUAAUUUUGUUUGGAGAGUAUCGGAGAUCAUCAAGAAGAACAUAUAUACUGCUUGGAGGCAUGUUAUUUAUGUUCAUUGUGGCUGUUGCAGUUCUUAUGGCAUCAUCAGGGCAUCGUAAAUGAGGGUUCAGUUCCUUCUUCUGCUUCCUCUUUUUAACAGGAAAGAUGGAGAGGAUAAAGGAAAGAUGAUUCAAAAGAGUCUGUACGGAAAUCUUCGGAAGGAGAUAUGUGUAUUUUGCAUGGAUCAAUUGUUUUACUCAAUUUGUAUGCAAGAAAAAAAAUUAAAUCUCAGAGCAAGAUAAUGUAUACAUUCAUUUUGUCGCAUAGUGUUCUUUCCACCUUCA